AUGAACAUAUGUGGUGGUCCUCGAUAUCUUGGUGGACGAAGGGGCUUCUCCUCUGUUUCUGUCACUGGUGGCCUGGGUGGUGGUCGAGGGAGCUGUGCUUCUAUGUGCCAGCCAGUUGCAAGGACGCAGGGAGCUGGUGGCUACUCCAGCAUGAGCCUUAAUAACUUUGGUGGCGGAGGUCGAAGGAUUGCUUGCGGUCAGGGCUAUGGAGGACAAAUCUAUGGUGGUAUUGGUGGUAUGGGCAUGGGCAUGGGUGGUCAAGGCAUGGGCAUGGGUGGUCAAGGCAUGGUUAUGGGUGGUCAAGGCAUAGGUAUGGGAGGUCAAGGCAUGGGCAUGGGUGGUCAAGGCAUGGGCAUGGGUGGCCAAGGCAUGGGCAUGGGUGGCCAAGGCAUGGGCAUGGGUGGCCAAGGGUGUCAGGGUGGCUUUGCAGGUUAUGGUAGGAUGGGAGGUUUGGGUGGUGGCAUGCCAUGCAGAGGCGAAGGGAUCCGAGGUGUCUCGAUGGAUGAACGCCUCUUGAAGCCACUUUCGGUUGGAGUUGAUCCAGAGGAGCAGAAAGCACGGACACAUGAGAAGGAGGAGAUGAAGACCUUGAACAACCAGUUUGCCUGCUUCAUCGAUAAGGUCCGAUCCCUGGAGCAGCAGAAUAAGGUGCUUGCCACCAAGUGGGAGCUUCUGCACCAAUGUGUCCAACCUGCAAGGAAGAACCUUGAAGGCUAUUACGAGAAUUUCCUGGCCACACUUAAGAAGCAGCUAGAAUGUCUCUUGAGUGAGAGACAGAAACUGCAACAUGAACAGAAGAACAUGCAGGAACUGGUAGAGGAAUACAGGUCAAAAUAUGAAGAGGAAGUCAAUAGACGCACAUCAGCAGAAAAUGAGUUUGUGGUGCUCAAAAAGGAUGUUGACAGCGUAUUCCUCACCAAGGAAGAGCUAGAAUCCAAAGUAGAUGUGUUGGCACAAGAGUUGGAGGUCCUGAGAUGUGUCUUUACAGAGGAGUUGGCUCAGUUCGACAACCAGAUUGGUGACACCUCGGUGGUUCUGAAAAUGGACAACACACGAGACUUGGACAUGGACCUCAUCCUUAAAAACGUAGAAGCCUGGUAUCAGAAUAUUGCUCAUACCAGCAAACAAGAAGCUGAAGCUUUUUACCACAACAAGGUGAGUCAGAGUACCAUAAUUAAUCCCCAUUUAGGGAUCUCCGCAGAUUAUCAGUAUUUAGCGCAACAAGAAUACAGCUGCCCUUUCAUUCAUACUAUAAUGUACAGUCACAGUGCCAUUUCAGCCCAAGGAACCAUUAUGAUGUUGGAGUGCAGCUUGGAAUGUGGCUACACAAGUGCUUGA